UACUAUAUGAAACAACAUUUUUAAAAAAGAGUAUUUUUUUUCAAUAAAACACUACAAAGAUUCUUCCAUACACAACCAUACAACAACACAACCGCCAAUUCUUAGUAUCAGUUGCGUUGUAUUAAAAAAUUUUAUAUUUAACUCUACUCACCGCCAAGUUGUAGAUAGCAGCUACUGUUAUUUGAAUUCAGUUAUUAUUGUGCUUCCUAAGAGAAAAAAUAAUAAAAUAUUAUACCGGCUUACCAUCAUCUAUAGUGAAACACCGAAAAUAAUGAAUUUUUAAUAUUUUGAUUUUUGGUGAAUUUUUUUUUUGAGUGAUUUUAUUGUGUUUUUCUUUAAAAACUUUGCAGUUUUGCAGUGUGUAACUUAUAUACUUCUUGGUUUUACGUUUUGGGAUUAUCGUAAAAUAUAAUUGUUUGAAUAAAAAUGGGACGUCAAUCUUAUAUUAUGAUUGGAUCAUUUCUAACAAUUGCAUUGGUGAUACAACAAUGUUACACAAUUCGAGUAUCAUAUAACACCAGACCUGGACCCAUUGAACCACCAAAGCCAACACCCACACCCUAUUAUGUGGAUAAUCAUCAAACUGCAUCUAUUGUUCAACAUAUUCCAGCACCAGUAUUUGAAAUCACUGAGAAUGAUUUACCAAAUCCAUUAGAAUAUUACCCCUAUUUACCAUAUCAAUACCGUAAAAAAGUUCGGGCUAGUUUUGAGAAAGCUCCUGUUUCAAUCUACUACGGUUCGGAAUAUGACCAAAAAUAUGGUCGUCAAUUACCUUAUGCAACAUUACGUAAGAUUGCACAAUAUAAUGCAUUGGCACAACAAAAAAAUGCUACAAGUGCUCAACCAAAAACGUCUAUAAUUAGUCAACGUAGCUUGAAUCGUGCUGAAGGUCAACCGCUUGGAAAUACAGCUGUAUUGCCCAACCCUACUGUUCCAGUUCAAACCACAACAACAUUAGCUAAUAAUGCUGGUUUGAACUAUCGUGGACCACAAACUUUUGGCCCUGAUCAUUUUGCACCAGCACAGCCACGAUAUAAUACUGUACAAUAUUUUGGUAGACCACGUCAAGCUGAUUUAAAUCAACGAACUGUACCACAAUUUGGUGUGUUGUAUUCAGCUGGAGUACGGUAUUAUGUUCCACGUUUGGAUGAUUACGAUAGUGAAAACUCUGUUUAUGAACGGCAUGAUGUGAAAAAAUACUAAUUGUACAUAAUCGAAUUACGCUGGUGCGAAUAAUCUUUCAAGGGCGUAUUUUGAUAAACAUUCCAAAUUUUUUUUAAAACAUCAUAUUUUGACCUCUUGAAGACGAAUUUUAUUGGCCGUUUUUACCAACAAUCAAAACAAAAAUUCGGACAAGCUGUUCAGGAGAUCCAAAUAAAAAUAAAAAUCUUGAUCCAAAAUCAAAAUAAUCCAUUGGCAUAUUAUUCGUGUCAGUAUUAAAUAUAUUUUUAUAUACUAAAUCCACCUGACCAUGACGAAAUAAAUUUUUUUUUAAAUUCUAAAUUACAUUUUGACACAUUUAGGUGGUCCUUAUACACAAUGAGGCUCGUCGUGCCAUUUCUAUUAUUUCGAAUGCACGUCAAAAUUUUGGACUACCACAAUUAAUUUUAAUUCAAAUUUGAGUGGCUAAGUCCAUUU